GUUGUCAUUGCAAUUUACAGCGAAUUAGUUUCGUCUUGCAGUGCGUUCGUCAUUUGAUGAUCAAUUCUCACACCCUGGUAGCAAAGUUGGAACCAUGGAAACUUUUUCUGUCGCUUUUGUUGCUCUAGUGACUUUGUGCAGUGCAUCAUCUGGUGAGUUUAUCUUCCUGAAUUUUCCUUUUUAAAAAAGAAUUUCCGUUGACAUCUUCUAGCUCCUUAUAUCUGGCUCAAAUGCAUAAAUGUUGAGUCACUGCGGAACUAUUACACCAAGAUCAGCUAAGAUCACGGCUUUUUGGGAGCGCACAGAUUCAAACGGAUUUGAUAGAUGAAAGUAAAAGCGAAAAAACGAGAUGUUCCUUCAGAAUGUACGAAAUUGAUAUAAAAUGGAGACGUCAAUUUGUUUUCAAUUUACUUAAUCACGUUGGGACCCGAGCGUAAAAUUUGCCGCCUCCUUACUUGGUAUUCCGUGAGCGACUUGCCUUUUAAAACUUUCGUGGGAAAAGUUCUCUUCCGCGUUUCAAAUUAAGGUCCGAUCAAGUUGAAACUGCAAACACCCGGAAUUUAAAAUCAGUAAAAGACGAAUAGAAAAAUCACAUAGAAGCAGAUUGAAAGUUAUCAAAGCUCACGCGAUGAAAGUGUUAUAAUUUUGUUGUUCGUUCAUGUGUUUCUUGCAUUUAUUUAUUCAUUCAAUCGUCUUUUGAGCUACUGAGUCCGCGAAGCAUGUUAUCAACUGUUCAGGUUAAGUAUAACAUAACAAGUUUCGUAAUGCAAAACGUAUAUGAAGGUGUUAUGUGCACCCCAAAAAGCAGACGCCAACUCAAUGCUUGAUAUCAUUUGCCAUGUUUAAUGUGAAAUAAGCUGUAUUCCGCAAAUACCUCUUUUAAGCGAACGCAGACCUCAAACUGGAGUCCUUUUGAGAGCUAAAAGGGUUUGCAAGAGAUUAUUCUAUUGUUUUAUCAGUAUUAAUUGUGUUCAAUUCGACUCUUCAAUGUUAAACAACGUCAGAGUGCCAGAUUUCUCACACGUAUUCUUGUAUACGAUAUCAGUUGAACAGAAAGGCGUGCAGUACGUCUAUGGGCUAGUUAUUGGUGUUUAAACACAAAAUAGCUUGGUUAUCAAAGACUCCUGCAAGACAGCUUAAGCACUUAAUGAAACAAAACCUACUGUUUUACGUUGCACCAGUCAAUUAGUAGUGUUGUGUUAUACCUCCCAGCUGUAAAAUGGAACAAAAUGGCUCGGUGAUCAAAGGUUCCUGCCAUUAAGCAAGUUGAAUUGUAUUAGAAAAGAGAGACUUAGAGUUAUUUAGCACUUAACAAAUUGGCUUAUUCAUGCAUUGAAUUAUGUUUGAAAAGGGAGCUUAAGGACUUAAUUCCUGCAACUCAACACAAAUAUGUUUUGAACUGUAUUAGAUAAGAGAGCUUUUAGAGUUAUUAGGCACUUACUAAAUGGCCCUAAGGGAAACGAAGCUUACUUUCUGCCGUCGGGCCACUCAAUAAGUGUUUUGUUAAAUCUUCAAAACUUAAAAAAGGGGAACAAAAUGGCCUGGCGAUCAAAUACUCCCGCAUGUGAACUCAAGGAUGUAUUGAAAUUUAUUUUAAAAGAGAGCUUUUAGAUUAGGGUUAUUAAGCACUUUUAAAACGACAGGACAGUAUGCUUGCGAAACCUCUCAACUGACUUUAACAAAAAAUCUUUGGCGAAGAAAAGCCCCCUGCAAGCCAACUCAAAGAUGUCUUGAGUUUUAUUUGAAAAGAGAGCUUUUAAGGCUUUUAAGGUUGUUAAUGACAGGCGCUGCGGAUAACAGAAGUCAACAAUAGCUCUUUAUUCAAAAACACGACAAAUUAUGUACGAAUUACGUCUUAAUUGCAAAAUUAAUAUUAUUUGUUUUAUGAAGACGGCCGGCGAACAAAUGCGCCACGGUUUCAAGGUGCAGGACCUCAUCACGUGCAAGUCGAAGGUUCAAGUUGUUUUUAAUACAAGGAAUUAGUGAGUUUUGACCCAUGGCACGUGAAAAAUAGAAAACGUAUGUGAUUUGGCAAGUACCACAAACUGACUUGUUGGCCCUAAAUUUUACUUCGUAUUUUAAUCGGUGAUAAAAUUAUGCAAGAGAAGUGACAAGUUUUUAAAAAGGAAGCUGACUAAAUUAUAUUUUUUAUCAAUAUUGUCUUCGUAAUUACGUAGCCAUGAAUAUCUACAAUGGAGCGAUGGCUCCUUAUCUCUUUACAGUUCACAUGUCUUCAAUCGAUUUCCAAACAAAAACUAUUGCAUGUUGCCCGUAGACUGUUUACCAGUAAAAAAAUUAAGCGAGAUGAAAAAUACACUAACAUCUUUGAAGUUCUGGAAGCAAUGUGCACGAAUCCAAAGCUUCUAUUUUCUCUCGCAGAUCCGGAAUCGAGGGUGCUUUUAUACAAGAGUAAAACACAAAACUGGAAAAUGUCAUUGUUACGACAAACAUUUAUUGCAUUAUUGUUGGUAAAGGAAUAAAAUUUCUUUUAUUAAACAAUUAUUAUUAAUUAUUAUUCGCAAAUAUUCACUGAAUCUGAGGCGAAUAGUUGUUUUAGUAUAAUCGCUUAGAUGCUUUCGAAUUCUGUUGAAAAUAUGCUUUUUGUGUUUCAAUUGUUUCGAUUACUCAAUAAACAUUAGCUUUAAACAGAGAUAAAAAAUUUCAAUUGAUUUGAUGAUUUUUGUGAAAUAAGAGAGACUUAGAAUCUGACCUUAUUACGCUACUUGACAGCAUUCGCAAUAAAGUGCGACGUAUGCAGCAACUUACCACCCGAAACUGGAUAUACAGGUAAAUCCUGCAUUGAACCAGAAGUCUUGGAGUGUCCUGCAGGUUAUGAUAGAUGCAUGACCAUCGACAUUAAAGCAAUGUUCCCUGACAUUGGUCCGUUUGAUAUGAAAUUGAAAAACUGUUCCAUCAGCGCCUUAAUGUGUGCACCGGACGGGCCAGCAAACAGUAAGUAAAAUAUUUGAGUAAAAGUUUCGUUUCCGGGAAUGUUUUGGAUUUGCUUCAUCUCGCUCUAUGCUUGGUCCAAAAAAAAAGAUUACGCCAUCCUCUCAUCCAAUCAGAUUCAAAAGCAAAAGCAAACGUGACUGGCGUUUUCCCUUGCUUUAGACAGCUUGCUCUCAGCUUGCUCUCAGCUUGCUCUCAGCUUGCUCUCAGCUUGCUCUCAGCUUGCUCUCAGCUUGCUCUCAGCUUGCUCUCAUUUUGAUUAGCUGUCAUGAUUAAUUUGGUUUUGGUCUACGAAAAUCAAUCGAAAUUCGCUCUAAAAUGAUCAUUCUGAUGAUGAUUAGAAGCCUGGGAAAUGCUCGCAAUCAAAUCACAUAAACAAAAAAACAAGACAUGAAAAACAACAAGAGUAAAGAUGACUUCAACGUCUUUUGAACCUGAUAUUUUACAAUGCCCAUAAAGACUGGUUGGCUUGAAUCUCAAGGUAUUUUAAGAGGCUGAUAGUUAGUCUUAGUCCCCCAAGAUUGACUGGCAUCUAAGUUCUCCUAACAGUAUUACUGCUGAGUCAAACAUUUAGGUUAAGAGAGCACAGAAAAUGAUCGCCAAUUAAAGAAGCUCUAGAUUGUCAUGCAGAUUCUCCUAACAUGGGGAAAGCAUAUGAGUAUACGCCUGGUGAUUUCAGGGUGUAAAGAGGUAAUGCAGUGUUUCUGAAAAUUGAGAACAAACUUUAACUAUCGAGUCUUGGUGUCCCUUAUUGGAAAGGGUCACUCAUUCCGAAAAAUUGAGGAGAAAAGUAUCGAGCAUAGGGUGUCCUGUUAGAAAGGAGCUUUUCUCUAGCUUUCAUAUUUAAUUUUUCAUCACAUUUUCUUCUUUUAUAGUAUGUAAUCGUAGUACAAUUAACAUGACGUCUUGUUCAAUGGAUUGCUGUGAGGGAGACUUUUGCAACAGAGGUGAAUCUGGUGGAUCUGGGGCUGAAGCCGCUAAUCUGUCAGUCUGGCUCCUAGGCUUCGCUGCCAUUUUGAUGGCUCUGUACCAGAAGUUCAUCAGUUGAUUUGUAAACCUCUAUGUUGUCAAUGAAGUCCACUGGAGGUAUUAUUUUUAGCUGCAGCCCUGUUCAAGAAGUGAGCAACAUCAAAACCCCAUGAUGUCAGAAAAGGAGGGAAGGAG